UGAUUCAAGUUCUUCUCCUUAUAUAAGGAAAUUGACUAAUAACGUUCUCAAUCAAGGGUGUGGGCUGAUUUUUGAGCACAUAUCAUCCAUCCUUACAUUUUUCUCCAUUUCAGUGUCCGUCUUUUUUCGGGGCUUUGGUAGCCUACAACUAUAAACCCUAUUACCCCUGCAACCCUUAUCUUCGCAAGGGUUUCGUUUUACGUUUUGAUUCCCUGGUUUUUGUUAAAGCUGAGAAGAGUAUAGUGAAUAGAGAAAUGGCGGAGGAUGGCCGUUCUGGCGGCGAUGGAGAGUACCCGGUGGCGGCGGCGCCCCCAACUGUGCGUCCCGCAACUGACAUUAACAGCAACAAGCGCAAGUUUGAUGACACAUCAGAGCCUCCUCAGCAGGAGGCUCAUGUCCCGCGGCGUUCGACGGGGUUCUCGGCUCCGAUAAACCCUAUCCCCAGCCAGACUGCUUCUUACAAUAGCGUGCCACCGCCCAUGGAUGAGGUGCAGAUCGCCAAGCAGAGGGCGCAGGAGAUUGUGGCCCGCCUUAUCAGCAACAGCAACACUGGCGACGCUAAUGCCCUAGACGCCAAACGCCCCAGGGUCGACGACGUGCCACCUCCUGCAGCCGCUUCUGACGACCAUUCUGUUCUUAACGCUUCUUCCAAUCUUGGUCGAUCUCUGUCCGAUCAUAGUCUAAUGCAAAAGCCCCAGACCCAGUCUAUUGGAAGUUUGCAGCAUGGUGAUUUUCCUUCUGCAACACAACCGGGACCGUACUUUGGUUUUCAGACAUCAUCUCGGAAAGUUGAUGUACCUAAUGCUAAGGUUGGACUAAUCAUUGGGAAAGGUGGAGAAACUAUUAAAUAUCUUCAGCAUCAAUCAGGUGCUAAAAUUCAAGUAACACGAGAUACAGACUCAGAUCCAUCUUCUAUGACUAGGCAAGUGGAGUUAAUGGGCAGUUUAGAUCAAAUCAAUAGGGCGGAGCAGCUGAUCAACGAUGUCAUUGCAGAGGCAGAUGCAGGGGGCUCAGCCACACUUGUUGCCAGAGGGUUUAGCAGCGUACAACCUGGAGCAGAACAAGUUCAAAUAAAAGUUCCAAACAACAAGGUUGGUCUGAUCAUUGGUAGAGGUGGUGAGACAAUAAAGAAUUUGCAAAAUAGAUCUGGAGCUCGCAUCCAGCUGAUACCAUUACAUCUUCCUGAAGGGGAUACAUCCACUGAAAGGACGGUGCAGAUGACUGGCACCAAAAAGCAAAUUGAGUCUGCUCAAGAAAUGAUCAAUGAAGUUAUAAACAACGAGAAUCGUUUUAGAGGUCCUCCCAUGUCUGGUGGCUAUGGACAGCAGGGCUAUCGUGCACCUCGACCUCCUCCGCAAUGGGGUCCACCAGGUGCACCUCCCAUGCAGCAACCAGGGUAUGGGUAUCAACAAUCAGCACCUUACUCGGGUCCGCCUCAGCAAUAUAUGUCGCAGCCAUAUGGUGGGUACCCCCAACAGCCUCCAGGUAAUUAUGCUUCUGGAUGGGAUCAGAGGCCUCCUGCUCCUGGUCAACCUGUGCAACAGCCUGGAGGUUAUGAUUACUAUGGACAACAAGGGCAGGCUAGUGCAGGUUCAGCUGAUGGAAACUAUGGCUAUGGGCAGCCCCAAGCUGGUGGUUAUGGGCAAGGAAGCACAUAUGGCCAGCAGGGGUAUCCCCAACAAGGUUAUGGACAGCAGGCCUAUGGGAAUCAGGGCUCAUCGCAGCAGGGAUAUGGACAGCAGGUGGAUGCACAGCAAGGAUAUGACCAGCAAGCCUACAGUAAUCCAGGUUAUGGUCCCCCAGGAACUGCUCAACCUGCAGCUCCACAACAGGAUGGACCUCCAUCACAAGGAUAUGGAACAUCGCAAGUUUCUUCAAAUCAAGGGACUACACCCCAAGGGCAAGGGCAGCCAGUUACACCUCAGCAGGGUUAUAGCCAACCAUCACCUGCGAUGUCUGGCUAUCCUCAACAAGGAGCUUCACAGCCUGGGUAUGGACAGCAAGGAGCAUCUCAACCUGCUUAUGGGCAACAGCCUGUGCCCCAGUCAGGAUUUGGGCAACAGGUAUCAACUCAACCAGGCUAUGGGCAGCAAGCUUCAACCCAACCUGCAUACCCACAGCAAGGGUUGACUCAGACAAGUUAUGGACCACAAAGCUCUGUACAGGAAUAUGCCCAGCCAGGUACAACUCAGCCUGGCUAUGGUCAGCAGGAUUCAACACAGACAGGGUAUGGACAGCAACUCUCAUCGCAUGCUGGCUAUACUCAGCAACAAGCCUCUGCUCAACCUGCUUACAUGCAACAUGGAUCCAAUCAGCAAGCAUAUGGUGCAUCUGCACAGCAAGGCUAUGGUCAGCAGCCCUACAAUGAUACAUAUAGCUAUGGCCAGCCACAAAAUGAUCAGUCUGCAAAUCAUGGAUAUACACAAUCAUCACAUUAUCCAACUGAAAAUGAUGCCACUGCAAAUUCAAGUUCGAGUGCUCAGAGCAGUGGCCAGGUUGCAACUGCUAAAACAUCUCAGAGUUGAAGUUUUUCUUUAAAGGCUCUGUAGUAUAUAGGAUUUCGUGGAUGCAGGCUCAUGCACUAACAUGCGCUGUACGGCAAUGGAAAAUCUAGGUGAACGUGGCUCUCAUGUUCUUACUGCUUUUAAAGAAUUAAUUUUUAGGAGCAGAUCAAAAUAACUUUUAUAACGGAACUACAUUUGAGCAUUUGGAAUGGUAGUUUACUGUUGGAGAUAAUUACUCAUCAUGGGGACGGAUUUUGAUAUCAUGUAUUUUUGGAUGGACAUAGAAAUGGAUAACAUAUGCUUGUUGAUUAUUCCCAA